AUGGGAUCAAUGAAGCCGAACAUACCCCCGUUAAAGAUCGUCAAGUCGAAUUCAAAUUUAGCCGACUUCAACACGACUUCUGACGACUCGAGGCUCGUCCCGGGUCCUUUCCAUUCUAGUCUCAGCCAGUCUGAGAUGACUCCGCCCAUGACGCCUUUGGGAACGACAGCACACAAUAUGGAACAAGGACAACAAGAACAACCAGAACCGCAAGAGCCACCAAGGGCCGUCUUCCACAAUUACCUUCGCGCAUUCUAUCCUUUUCAUCCGGCCGGUAAUGUCUCGCCAUCGACGGGAGAUAUUAUUCUGGUUCACUCCGUUCACACCAAUGGCUGGGCCGAUGGUACCUUGUUAGAGUCUGGGAACCGCGGUUGGUUGCCGACGAACUAUUGUGAAGCUUAUGACCAAUUGCCGAUGCGUCCUUUACUGAAGGCCUUGACUGACUUCUGGGAUAUCAUUCGAGGAGGAUGCGGGUCAUCGCUGAAGGAUUUUGGGAACCAAGAUCUGAUGAGAGGUCCGAUUGCUGGCGUUCGGUUUCUUCUGGAGAAAUCCGAGUGUUUGACUCGAGAAUCAACUUUGGUUCGGAAGUACGACGGACUCCGCAGGAUUCGCAAGGCUUUGCUUUCUGAUCUUUCGUCGCUUGUUAAGACUGCUAAGAAGUUCCAGGAUGUUGCUAAUGGAACUCCCAACGAGGAUGAGGUCGAGGCCAUCUUGGAUGAGAUGCUGCUGAAGGCUUUUAAAAUCGUGACACGUGGAGUUCGGUUUCUGGACAUUUGGAAUGAGGAGGUUGGGCUGACGAGAACUAUUGCUGAGCUGCAAGGCGCGAAUGAUAGCCGUAGCCAGUACGACAUGCCCCCAACCCCGGCAUCAGAGACCUUUAACAUCGCCGAUGUUCCCGACGAGCGAAUCGAAUCCCGCCUGUUGAACUGCAGCCGCAUGGAUCAGAGUCGCGCAUCGGUACGGACCGAGAUGCUUGACCACACCCCUCGGCCGAUCUCAGUAGCAACGAAACGCAUGUCUGUGUCUCACAGGAUUUCCUACUCCGGACCUUCCUCCGCCGUUCGUUCGCAGAACUUGGCCUCAGAACGCCUGGGCACUUCUUAUGACGCCUUCCUCGGUGUGCUUGGAUCUUUCAUCGGCCUUCACAUGCAAUCUCGCUCUUCUACCGAAUUGGUCGUUACUACUCAGCAGGCUGUUGAAUCCUGUCGCGCCCUGCUGAACGUCGUUGAGACUGUUUACGAGCACGACGGCCAGCGCACUAUCUUCCUGGAGGAAGCACGCGAGGCCAUGUGUGAAAAGCUGUCGGACCUUGUUCACGCCGCACGCGAUGUCUUCCGUCCGGCCAGUGGCCAGGAGGACGACCUGAUCUUCAUGCCCGACGAGGGCAAGCGCCUGGUCGACGCUGCCACCGACUGUGUGCGAGCCGCUGGCAUCUGUCUUGCUAAAGCCCGCCUAGUACUUGAGCAGAUCGGCGAUAUCGAGCUCGACCCGGUUGAGACCGGAUACCAGGAGCUGCCUGGUAGUGCGGACUCACAGGAGCCAGACGACACUCCCCGUGAAGAGAAAACCUCAAGAGAUCUCCCUUCGUCUACCCCCUCCGCCUCUUCAGAUUCCAAACUCGACCUACUCCCCUUCGACCCCGGCCCUCACCGACGCUACCACACCAUCAACUUUCCAAUCGCACAUUAA